AAUAGAAAGUUGAAUAGAAGGAAAAAAGUGAGGUAGAAAAAAGAUCGUAAGCAGCAGCGAUAACCCUAACCCUAAGCGGGUUGUGAAGCAAAUUCAAUUUAAUGGCUGUCAUUGACCUUAUGACUGACAAAGAUUCAUGCGAAUUAUAAUGAAAAAUUCGACCAAGUAUAUCAACAGAUUUGUACAAGCUCUGGUGAGACGUCCGCAUGAGGUGAUGUUGCAUUUGUCACGCUGUCCUCUCAAGAGGACGUUUGUCUCUCUGCGAUGGAGGCGUCUAAAGUCCUUCUACUCCACCAAACCUUGCUCACAGCAGGGCGAGGACUCGACGGAGACCCGCCUGAACCCCCUCAACAUCCAGAUGCUUUCCAGAAACCUCCACGAGCAAAUCUUUCGUGGCAUUGAGCCAGAGUACAGGGAGGAAGCUGUGGAGCGCAGCAUAAGGCACUUGCAGAAUCACAAUCUGUGGGGGAAGGAAACCUCACUGCUGCCUGAUGUCGACCUCAAGCUUCCGCGGAUGUUUGGGAAAAACAUAGAUGACCACUUCCGCAUCUUGGCCGAGAAGCAGAGCCUUCCCUACCUGGAGGCCGCCUCGAAGCUGCAGCAGGCCGAACCCCCACCCAUGCCUCAGGAAUGGAGCUGGGAGGUGGGCUGGACCCGCUAUGGGCCUGGUGGGGAAAGUCAGAAAGUGGAUUUCCCAGACGAGUCCGCGCUAGUGUUUGAUGUGGAGGUGUGCACAACGGAGGGGCAGUGCCCUACGCUGGCUGUCGCUCUUUCUCCUACCAACUGGUACUCCUGGUGCAGUAAGCGUCUAAUUGAGGAGCGGUACUCUUGGUCAAACCAGCUCACUCUUGCAGACCUCAUUCCCCUGGAGACGCCGUUUAACUCUUCCCGCCCUCCAGGCGGUCAGUGGAAGGAGAGGCUCAUAGUGGGUCACAACGUCAGCUUUGAUCGAUCUUUCAUCAAGGAGCAGUACCUUCUGAAGGGUCCAAAUACACGCUUCAUGGACACCAUGAGCCUUCAUAUGGCCAUCUCUGGGUUGACGGCCUUCCAGCGCACGCUGUGGAUGGCCAACAAGCUGGGUAAGAAGAGGGGCCUUCAGGAGGUUAAGGAGCACAUUAAGAAAGCUGGACAGAAGAGGGAAGGCCCAAUGAUUGGCUCCUGGGCCUGGGUGGACAUGAGCAGUAUUAACAAUCUAGCUGACGUCCAUGCUCUAUAUGUGGGAGGGCCGCCACUGCAGAAAGAGGCCAGAGACAUUUUUGUGAAAGGAACUAUGGUUGACGUCAGGAACAACUUUCAGGAGCUAAUGCAGUACUGCGCUUUGGAUGUUGAGGCCACGCAUCAGGUCUUCACAGAGCAGCUGCCCCUCUUCAUGGAGAGGUGUCCGCAUCCAGUGACGUUUGCUGGGAUGCUGGAGAUGGGUGUCAGCUACCUUCCCGUUAACCAGAACUGGGACCGCUACCUGGAGGACUCCCAAGAUGUCUACGAAGAGCUUGAGAGGGAGAUGAAGAAGUCUCUGAUGAUUCUAGCCGACGAUGCCUGUCAACUCCUGCAGGAUGACCGGUACAAAGAAGACCCCUGGCUUUGGGAUCUUGAGUGGGACGUUCAGGAGUUCAAGCAGAAGAAAGUCGCUGCCAGCAAGAAGAAAAACUCCAAAAACGCAGCUGUAGCAAAGACUUCCACUCUGCUUCCAGACUGGGAAGAUGACCCAGGCCCGCCAUCUGAGGAGGAGAUGGCAGGUCCUUGCUCCAGCAGGCUGGCUGUUGAGAAACUCAAGGAAACAGUGAGUCGUCUUCCUAAGAGAAGGCAACAUCUUCCUGGACAUCCAGCGUGGUAUCGUAAGCUGUGUGAGAAGAUGUCAGAAGACAGCUGGUCGCCGGGAGCCAGCCUCAUCAGCCUGCAGAUGAGGCUGACGCCGAAACUGAUGGGCCUGACGUGGGACGGCUUCCCCCUGCAUUACACGGAGAAACACGGCUGGGGAUACCUGGUUCCCGGGCGGAGGGAUAAUCUGAAUCCUCAGGAGGAAAAUCUUGAGUCUCUGUGCCCACACAGAGUCAUUGAAAGGAUAUAUAAAGAAUAUUGUGAGCAGAACAGCAAGGAGCAGCCUGAGCAUCUAAACCCUUCAGAUGAGCCUGUGUGGACCGACAGCACAGUGUGGACGAAGGUGGAGGAGUUGAGCUCCUUGGAACAUUUCCCAGAAGAAAACGGAGCCAGAGUGGUAAAAAACGAGAAAAAGUUGACGACGCAGUCCCACGAUCCCUUUUCUCUCAGCGAGGAGAGUCGCUGCCACUAUCACCAUGGAAACGGCCCCUACGACGACGUAGAUAUUCCAGGUUGCUGGUUUUUUAAAUUACCUCACAAGGACGGUAAUCACAACAAUGUAGGCAGCCCUUUUUCAAAGGACUUCUUGGCUAAAAUGGAGGACGGUACGUUAAGAGCAGGGAGAGGUGGAACCAACGCAACACGAGCUCUGGAGAUCAACAAGAUGAUGUCUUUCUGGAGGAACGCUCACAAACGGAUAAGUUCUCAGAUGGUGCUGUGGCUACGGAAAGGAGAACUUCCUCGUAACGUCAGCAGGCAUAAGGACUAUGAUGAAGAGGGCCAGUACGGGGCCAUCCUGCCUCAGGUCAUCACAGCUGGGACUGUGACCCGCAGGGCUGUGGAGCCAACAUGGCUGACCGCCAGUAAUGCUCGGAGGGACCGGGUAGGCAGUGAAAUGAAAGCCAUGGUUCAGGUACCGCCUGGAUAUCACCUGGUUGGAGCAGACGUAGACUCUCAGGAGCUCUGGAUUGCUGCUGUACUCGGAGAGGCUCACUUUGCUGGCAUGCACGGUUGCACAGCAUUUGGCUGGAUGACCCUUCAAGGAAAGAAAAGUCAGGGGACCGACCUGCACAGCAGGACCGCAGACGCUGUGGGCAUCAGCAGAGAACACGCCAAGGUGUUCAACUACGGGCGGAUAUACGGGGCAGGACAGCCGUUUGCCGAGAGGCUGCUGAUGCAGUUCAACCACCGCCUCAAUCAGACAGAAGCUGCCAGCAAGGCCAGGCAGAUGUAUGCUCUAACCAAGGGCGUACGCAGAUACCAUCUAUCGGAGGAGGGCGAGUGGCUCGUCGAUGAGCUGGGCAUAGAUGUGCAAAGGGAGGAGGAUGGAAGCGUCUCGUUGGAGGAGCUGCGGAGGAUCAGUAGACUUGCAUCGCAGAGCUCCCGGCGAAAGAAGUGGGACGUUGUGGCCAAACGCGUCUGGGCCGGAGGCACGGAGUCGGACAUGUUCAACAAGCUGGAGAGCAUCGCUCAUUCAGCGCAGCCGGCCACUCCUGUUCUAGGCUGCAGGAUCAGCAGAGCUCUGGAGCCCAAGGCCGUAAAAGAUGAGUUUAUCACCAGCAGAGUGAACUGGGCGGUCCAGAGCUCCGCGGUGGACUACCUGCACCUGAUGCUGGUGGCCAUGAAGUGGCUCUUCGAGGAGUACAACAUCGACGGCCGUUUCUGCGUCAGCAUCCACGACGAAGUGCGUUACCUCGUCCGCAGCGAAGAUCGUUACAGAGCAGCGCUGGCGCUGCAGAUCACAAACCUGCUGACAAGGUGUAUGUUUGCCCAUGCGUUAGGCAUGCAGGACCUUCCACAGUCGGUGGCGUUCUUCAGCGCGGUCGACAUUGACCAAUGUCUGAGGAAGGAAGUUACUAUGGACUGUGUGACUCCCUCCAACCCCACCGGUAUGGAGAGGCGAUACGGUAUUCCACCUGGUGAGGCCCUGGACAUGAACCAAAUCCUCAGCAUCACCAAAGGCUCCCUGAGCAAAGGCAGGUAGCCGUUUCCUGCUGACCGGCAG